ACACAGGCAGAGGGAGGAGCAGGCUCCAUGCAGGGAGCCCGACGCGGGACUCGAUCCCGGGUCUCCAGGAUCAGGCCCUGGGCCCAGUGCAGGGGCCCAACCGCGGAGCCACCCGGGCCGCCCUCAUCAGGGUUUCAGAGCCGUCGCCACCGGCUUUGGGGCCUGAGGACUUUGAAAGGACCAGGUGGUUCCCAGAGACCCCCCAAGCGUGUCUCAUGGUCGACAUCACCCCGGAUGACAUCUUCACCGCCCCGUGCGUGGUGCAGGCCCAGAAGAAGAUCCGUUUAGGGCUGUGGAGCCAGAAGCUGGAGAAAGACCGCAUCCAGGCUUAAGAAUUGCCUUUGUGUCCUUGUCUCCUCGCCCUCCUCCCUUCCCGGAUACUGGGAGUGUGUGGCAUGCAUCCUGAUCAUCAGGAAGCACUAAAAAAGAACCGAGUGGUGCUAGCCAAACAGCUGUUGCUGAGUGAACUGUUAGAACACCUCCUGGAGAAGGACAUCAUCACCUUGGAAAUGAGGGAGCACAUUCAGGCCAAAGUGGGCGGUUUCAGCCAAAAUGUGGAACUUCUCAACUUGCUGCCCAAGAGGGGUCCCCAGGCUUUUGAUGCCUUCUGUGUGGCCCUGAGGGAGACCAAGCAGGGUCACCUGGAGGAUCUGUUGCUCACAACCCUCUCUGGUCUUCAGCAUGGACUCCCACCGUUGAGCUGUGACUACGACUUGAGUCUCACCUUCCCGAUGUGUGAGUCCUGUCCCCCUCAGAAACAGCUUCGCCUGUCUCCAGAUACUGUGGAACACUCCCUAGACAACGGAGAUGGUCCUCCUUGCCUUCAGGUGAAGCCUUGCACUCCCGAGUUUUAUCAAACACACUACCAGCUGGCUUAUAGGUUACAGUCUCGGCCUCGUGGCCUGGCACUGGUGCUGAGCAAUGUGCACUUCACUGGAGAGAAAGACCUGGAAUUUCGCUCUGGAGGGGAUGUGGACCACAGCACUCUGGUCACCCUCUUCAAGCUCUUGGGCUACAAAGUCCAUGUUCUACUUGACCAGACUGCACAGGAAAUGAAAGAGAAGCUCCAGAAUUUUGCCCAGUUGCCUGCCCACCGUGUCACUGACUCCUGCAUUGUGGCACUUCUCUCUCAUGGCGUGGAGGGAGGCAUCUAUGGUGUGGACGGCAAACUGCUUCAGCUUCAGGAAGUUUUUCGGCUCUUUGACAAUGCCAGCUGCCCAAACCUACAGAACAAGCCGAAAAUGUUCUUCAUCCAGGCCUGCCGUGGAGAUGAAACCGACCGUGGGGUCGACCAGCAAGAUGGAAAGAACCACAUGGGAUCCUCUGAGUGCGAGGAGAGUGACGCCAGCAAAGAGGAGUUGCUGAAAACCCGACUGCCCACACGCUCAGACAUGAUCUGUGGCUAUGCCUGCCUCAGAGGGACUGCUGCCAUGCGGAACACCAAACGGGGUUCCUGGUACAUUGAGGCCCUCACUCAAGUGUUCUCCGAGAGGGCUUGUGACACGCACGUGGCCGACAUGCUUGUGAAGGUGAACGCGCUCAUCAAGGAGCGUGAAGGCUACGCCCCCGGCACCGAGUUCCACCGCUGCAAGGAGAUGUCUGAGUACUGCAGCACCCUGUGCCGGCACCUCUACCUGUUCCCAGGACACCCUCCCACGUGAUGCCGUCCCCACCGCCCUGCCACAUGGAGGCUGCUGGACCAUUGGAGGCCUGAUGGAGCCUCUUUUCUUCCGAUGCACGGUUUCUGUUCUCCCUCAGGGAUUGGGAGUCUCUCAGGCUUGUGGAGUAUGCCUGUCAUCUCUGCCUUGUCGUGCAGGACCACAGGCCAGCUCCUCCUGUGGAAGCUCCCUUCCUGUAGAGCCAGGUCUGGCUGGACCGCUUGUCAGGAGUGUUUGGCUGCUGCAGAGGAGCCUGGCCAACAAUAUAAUGAACACAGUGUCUUUAUGGGGAGAGGGCCUGUGGGUUUCCCUCACUGUUUGCAUUCGGUUCCUGCCCCCAAGGCUUUUGUAGACCGGCACUUUGGUAAUUAUUUUUAUUACAUUAGCUAAGAUGUUUCAGAGACCAUCUCCUGUCUUUUGUUUCUUCCCUAUUCCAACCCCAUUUAUACCAGACUGAGUGUUUGGAAGGUGUCCUGAUUUCAGCGUAGGCAUUUUUUGUUUAGUCUCAGGACAAAUGGGACUGGCGGCAAGGUGCCACCAAGGGCGUGGUGGUGACCUGUGUGCCCCCUUGCAGUACCACAAGGCCACCCAGUGGAAGGCAGUGUUGUCCGCUCCACUCUCAGUUCCUUUGGGCUCUAGGAAUCCAGCCUCUCAGCAGAGUUUACAGCAUGGACACCUUGUACCUGGAACUCACUGAUCUUUGCCUGGGGAAGUUCCAAAGAUCUUCUAAUCAGUUAUUCUCUCUCUCAGCUUUGUUAUUGAAGUGAACCUCAGCAGAGAGUACUAGUGGAGGCAGAUAAAAGUGGUACUCUUCCUCAUACCUUGUAACCUGUCACCUUAUCUUUUGCUUCCUCUGAAGUGUCUUUUUCUAAAAAAAAGCAUCCUAGUUGUUAUCUCCCUACUUCCUCUUUCUCCCCUUUCUCCCCUUCAUCUCUCCCUUCAUCCCAUUUACUGCCGCCACCAAAUCAGUCUAGAAAAUACUGCUUAAUUGGAUCAUUUGGCUGCUUGUAGAUAUAAUGUAGUAGCUUUUUCCUGCUUUCUGUUUCAGUAUUAAAUCCCCUUUGAUUUCAUAUGGCCUGUGUCCCCUUCUCCUAUGUCUCCAUCUUAGAGAAGCUGUUGCUCUAUGUGCUAUGUACCCUAGAAGCCUUUAUCUGUGCCAUGUAUCUGCUUUUCCUGUUCUUCGGGCCUUCUCUUGUGCUUCUAUUCUUGCCCCCUCCAGUCUAAUCUAGGACAGAUUUUGGUUUGGGUUUUGUUUUUUUUUUAAGGAUUUUUUUUAUUAUUUAUGAGAGAGAGAGAGAGGCAGAGACACAGGUAGAGGGAGAAGCAGGCUCCAUGCAGGGAGCCUAACGUGGGACUCGAUCCCGGUCUCCAGGAUCACGCCCUGGGCUGAAGGCACAAAACCAAUCAGCCACCCGGGCUGCCCUGGUUUGGGAUUUUUAAGUAUAAAUCUGAUCAUACCACUCCCCUGCUUUUAUUUCUUUUACACCUGAAGUAAGGUGCAGACUCCUAACUUUUUGCCUGCAGGGCCCUUACCUUCCUCUUGAACCUCGGAAAAGGCUGAUUUCCAAGUGACUGCCCCAGCGCCGUCCUCAGUUUCUCAAACAUUCUGAGCUCUAUCCUACCCUGGACCAUCGCAGACACUCUUCUGGGGUCUACUGAACUCCACUCCUCACAAGUCUUGGCUUAAAUGCCACCUUCUUGAGAAGGCCUUCCCAGGCCAUUCUAUCUCUAAAUAACCUUCCGUGUUCUUCCUGUUUAAUUGCUUCAUUGCACUUAGCAUGAUUUAUAAUUAUGUAUUUGCUUGCUUCACUUGUUCAUUUCUGUCUCCAUUACUAGGUUGUAAGCUCCCUUAGGAUAGAAACCUUGUCUCUUUUGUUCACCAGUAUAUACCCAGUGCCUGGCACAUGGUAGGUCUUCAUUAAAUGUUUUUGGGUGAUGGAAGGAAAAAAGCAACCCUAGCUAGAAUCCUAUUUUUGGACAAAACUUCCCUUUAACAGUAUAUACAGUUUAGUAUUUAUACUUUGGGUUUUUCCAUGUGUUUUGUUUUAUCCACUGAUACUGCUAACUCGGGAAGACAGAUAUCAUGUGUCAGACAAUGUCCUCCAUGUCUCGCAUGGUCCCUGGCACAGUGCUCAGCCUGUAGUACUUCAGGUGCUCAGUUAAUACUUGUUCUGUGAGCUGGGUGAUUUGGAGACUUGUUGCCGAGCCCUACCCUUGGGUCAGUAUCAUAUGGAAGUAUUUGGGUUAUAGAACCUUUCCACUUCCCACUGCCAGGAUUUUACAUUGCCUUCAGGUGCCAAAUAAAUGCUCAUAUUUAUUCUGA